CGUUUACCUUGAUCCGCUGGAGACACCGCAGCGGAAAAACGACAAACUUUAAAACCACUAAUAAAAACCGACCUUCUACAAAUACAGACAUAUCUAACGUGUCUUAGACGUAAACGAAGCUCGCUCUCGCCCAAAGUAGCGCACUCCCCUGCCUAAAAUGCGUAGAGCCGCUCCUGCCUGCACUGAACAAAGAUAAUUACUCAGGAAAUGUUUCAGCCAGUCAGCUGCAGCCUUACAUCCCGCAUGUAAGAAGUGGCCAAUCAGGGCCUUGCUCUCAUCCCGUGGGGCCUGAUCGUCGAGCCUGGAGUGCCAAGCCCUCUCUGUCUCAGCACUGAGACUGUCCUCCAUGUUUUAUAAGUAUUGACAUAACACUGUGUUAGCCAUGCAUCCACAGAGUUUGGCUGAAGAAGAGAUAAAAACGGAGUCAGAUGUGCUAGACGGGAUGGACAUUUCCACACGAUCUAAAGUUCCAGACCCUGGCCUGGCAGAAAGGGUGGCACAGAAACGAAAGUCCAGCCCGUCACAUUCGUCAAAUGGGCAUUCGCCCCCAGAGACCUCACCGAGCCCUGUGAAAAAGAAAAAGAAACCAGGGUUAGUUAACAGUAACAACAAGGAGCAGUCAGAACUAAGACACGGUCCCUUUUAUGUGAAGCCGCAACUCACCACAGACCCUGUUGAUGUUGUGCCACAGGAUGGACGGAAUGACUUCUAUUGCUGGGUGUGCCACCGUGAGGGCCAGGUCCUCUGUUGUGAGCUUUGCCCACGGGUGUACCACGCAAAGUGCCUGAAACUGGCCACCGAGCCUGAGGGGGACUGGUUCUGUCCCGAGUGUGAGAGAAUAACAGUUGCGGAAUGCAUAGAGACUCAGAGCAAAGCAAUGACCAUGCUAACUAUAGACCAGCUGUCUUACCUACUUAAGUUUGCUCUGCAGAAGAUGAAGCAGCCAGGGGACCCACCUCGCUCGUCUCUCUCCCCCCACGCAGCUGCCCAGCAGAGAAAACCUAUUAAUUGGACUGAGCCAUUUCAGAAACCUGUAUCUUUAGAACAACACCCAGAUUAUGCAGAGUACAUUUUCCACCCAAUGGACUUGUGCACACUGGAAAAGAAUAUCAAAAAGAAAAUGUAUGGUUGCACAGAAGCCUUCUUAGCUGAUAUAAAAUGGAUCCUGCACAACUGCAUAAUUUACAAUGGGGGUAAUCACAAGCUUACUGCAACUGCAAAAGUCAUAGUAAAAAUUUGUGAGCAUGAAAUGAAUGAGAUUGAAGUGUGUCCAGAGUGCUACCUGUCAGCUUGCCAAAAGAGGGAGAACUGGUUUUGUGAACCUUGUAGUCAACCACAUCCUCUUGUGUGGGCAAAACUCAAGGGAUUUCCAUUUUGGCCAGCCAAGGCGCUACGGGAGAAAGAUGGACAAGUGGACGCCCGAUUCUUUGGGCAACAUGACAGGGCCUGGGUCCCAAUCAACAACUGCUACCUCAUGUCUAAAGAGAUUCCUUUUUCUGUGAAAAAGACUAAGAGCAUCUUCAACAGUGCCAUGCAAGAAAUGGAGGUCUAUGUUGAGAACAUUCGCAAGAAGUUUGGCGUUUUUAACUAUGCCCCCUUCAGGACACCAUACACACCCAAUAACCAGUUUCAGAUGCUGCUAGACCCUUCCAACCCUGCAGCAGGCACCGUUAAGCUGGAGAAGCCAGACAAGAUCAAGUUCAGCUUUGACAUGACAGCCUCUCCCAAGAUGCUUCUGAGCAAGAGCAUGCUGUCAGGUGGCACAAGUCGGAGGAUCUCGAUGACAGAAAUGCCCCGCUCACCCAUGAGCACCAACUCUUCUGUGCACACGGGUUCGGACAUUGAGCCAGAUGCCUCUGAUAAGAGCUUCAAGGUCACCUCCUCCCACUACAGUGCUGGUGAGGAGUCCAUGGACUGUACAGAAACUUCAGCCUCAGCAAAGACAGUGCACACUGGCAGUACCACAGGCAGCCCAAAGCCCUUCUCCCCACAGGCAAGCACACCUGUCAUCCCCAAGCAAGAGAGAUCAGGCCCUACUGGGAGCAUCCUGAACCUCAAUCUGGAUCGGAGCAAAGCUGAGAUGGAUUUGAAGGAGCUGAGUGAGACGGUACAGCAGCAGUCAACACCAGUGGUCCUCACGUCCCCGAAAAGACAGAUCAAAUGCCGUUUCCAGCUCAACUUGGACAAAACCAUUGAGAGCUGCAAGGCGCAACUUGGCAUUGAUGAGAUUUCAGAGGAUGUCUAUAAAGGCGUUGAGCACAGUGACUCUGAGGACUCUGAGAAAUCGGACUCUAGCGACAGCGAGUAUGUAAGCGAAGAAGAGCAGAGGAUGAAGAAUGGCUCUGAAGACAUCCACAAGGAAAGUACUGAGAAAGAGCCAAAAAAGAGGCCUAGAGAGCUUUUGCAAGAUGAUGACAAAGAGGGCAACGUGGACAGUGCAGUAGAUCCAGCAGCUAAGUUGGCUAGUGUCAAAUCUCCAACGGAAGACAAAUCAGGUAGUGAUGCUCACAAAGACUGCUUAGAGAAACCCAAGGAACUGCAGCAUCCUGCGAAGGUGGAGGAGGAAGCAAAGCCCCACACAGCAGAGGCGGACGUAGACUCAGACUCAGAGCGGGAGUUGGUGAUUGACCUUGGAGAUGACAAGGCUGGCAGGGAGCACAAGAGGAUCAAGAAGGAACCAGCAAUGGUAACCACAACCAAGGGUCCUGCGGUUUCCAAAGUCGAAGAAAAACCUCCAUUAUCCUUUAGUGCGGCAGCUCCACCGUCCAGUGGUUCGUCUUCCUCUUCCCCAAGUGUUAAAGACCCUACUCAAUCCCCUAUUACCAUCCCCCUAAAUGUGGUCUCAUUUGCUGCCACCCCUGCAUCCACCCUGCUGCCCAACACGGCUGCCGCUGCAGGUUCCACAACCCCAGUGGCAGCAACGGCAGCAGCAACCACUGUGAAGAAGCAGCGCCCCUUGUUGCCAAGGGAGACAGCCCCAGCAGUGCAGCGCGCAGUGGUGUGGAACCCCACCAACAAGUUCCAGACAUCCUCUCAGAAAUGGCACAUGCAGAAAGUGCAGCGGCAGCAGCAGAGCCAGCAGCUGGCUGCGCAGCCACAGAAUGGCUCCCAGCCACAGCAAGCACAGACACCCUCACAGUCCCAAGUACAGCCACAGCUACAAUCCUCAUCUUCCUCCUCAUCCUCCCCACAGCAGUCCUCUAGCACCCGAUACCAGACGCGGCAAGCGGUGAAAGCUGUACAACAGAAGGACAGCACCCAAGGAGGAUCUACCUCGGCAGCCUUGGCGACUGGCAACUCUGCAGCAUCUUCUUCCCUGGCUGGGGACUUCCAGAUCUCCACCACCUCAGCGGACAUGGCUGCAGACAUAGCCAAGUACACCAGCAAAAUUAUGGAUGCUAUAAAAGGAACAAUGACAGAGAUUUACAACGACCUCUCAAAAAGUACCUCUGGAAACACAAUAGCAGAGAUUCGUCGUUUGAGAAUAGAAAUUGAGAAGCUGCAGUGGCUGCAUCAGCAGGAGCUGUCUGAAAUGAAGCACAACCUAGAGCUGACCAUGGCUGAGAUGAGGCAGAGCCUAGAGCAGGAGCGGGAGCGCCUGGUGGCGGAGGUGAGGAAGCAGAUGGAGCUGGAGCGCCAGCAAGCUGUUGACGAGACCAAGAAAAAGCAGUGGUGUGCCAACUGCAAGAAGGAGGCCAUCUUCUACUGCUGCUGGAACACAAGCUACUGCGACUACCCCUGCCAGCAGGCCCACUGGCCUGAGCACAUGAAGUCGUGCACGCAGUCAGCCACAGCUUCUCAACAAGAACCCGAGGCUGAAUCGAGCACAGAGGCAAACAAGGCUCCUGGGUUACCGGCUGGCACACAGCCAUCUCCACCACAGUGCAUGGCAGCUUCUGUGGACAAGGGUUCCACCGUGGAGAAAAGCAAAGACAAUGUCAGUGUUUCUGUCUCCUAACGCCCACAUUGUCAACCAGUUAUCCUUGUAUAUUACUGUGUAAAUUUAUUAUUCUGGACAAAUUUUGAAAUGUAGAGGUUUAUCACACUGCCUCUGUGUGCAGACACUUUGAACCUCAGUGUUAAUGAGAAAAAUCAUUGCACGACAAUUCACCCAUCUCCCCUCCACUGGCCUCUGACUUAUUACACUAGAAUGUCCAAAGGUUACAAGUUGAUCACUGAACAAACUAAAACAUCUCUUGAACAAUCAGAUGGAAAUUUUCCAUAUUUAUGUUGAUUCUUAGGAACAGGUUGCUUCUUUGAGUGGCUGUGCAGCAGUUAUGGCUGUAUUGUGGCAUGUCGCAAGUGAAAAGACCAGGUGAGAUUAAAGAUAGAGAAAACAAGGGCUCUGUCAUGCAUCCUGUGCCCUGGGCCCUGCUGUCUCUUUUUUGAAAAUCUUGGAUAAAGAAUGAAGUCUUCAUUUCCAAAUCGGGGAAAACUGAAGAGCUCAGUGGUUUUGUAAAAGAAUUUGCCAUGACUUCCCUGUUGCAACCCAUCAAGAGGAAGCGGAGUCAAUCAGGGCUGCCAGUGUUGGGAAAACUUUAAAAAUUCCUUCUAGGUACCAGUUAAAACUCCUGUGUUUCAGACAGGGUUAAAGGAAAAGUUGUCUUCAAUUUUCUGUUAUUUUGUUAAUGUAAUUAAGUUUUUUUUUUUUUCCCUUGCUCUACAACAUCAAGCAAGAGUUACUUCCUGGCUCACAUGGAAAACUUUGAUUAUGGAGCCCUGACUUAAUGACAGAAAUAGUCAUGUAAUGGUGCAGUUUGGUUUUCAAAGGUUUUUGUCCACUUUACCAGGUUCUUUGAUUUGAACUGAAUAAGCUGAGAUUGUGAAAUUCCUUUAAUGUAACAAAAGGAAAGUAAGUCAUAAAAGAAGACAUUUCCAAUGGAAACCAAGUGCUGCUUUACACAGGAGUGCAUUAACUGUAAAAUGACUACAAGUGUUAGAGGUAAAACCUGGGCAUGUGAUCAUGUUGGUCUGAUACUCCUUUCUUAACACCUGAAACUGUAAACUUGAAAUCUGAUCAUUUACGCUCAUAAUAGACACUAGAAACAUUUUGGUUCAUUUUAAUUGACAACCCUCUUUAUCUUACUUAAAAGUGAUUUCUGGUAAAGUGGCAAUUGUUUAGUUUUAAAACUGCAAUUUCAGGGCCAAAAUAAAGUCUUUUUCCUUGUUGUUUGUUUUUAAGUUCCCUGUGCAUUGUUGGCUCACACUCAUGUUAUAGCAGAGAGAUCCGUUUAUUUAAAUUAUAUAUACAGCGUAUUGCAGUCAUCCAAAACUUCAUACAUUUUUUUUAAUAUGGAGCUGAACAUUAUUGUUCUACGUGAACCUAUAAGAACACAUUGGAAUGUACUUUUUAUGUGUUUUGAACCAGACUUUUAACGUUUCUGAAUGCAGAAACUUGAGUCCUUCAUUUCUGAAAUGAUUUUCUGAUAUGAAGAGGAAGGUUUUAAACAGACACAGGACCCUCUGUUCAAAGAGCCUUUCACCUCUCCACAGGGGAUGUAAUAGCUCCUCGUUGGACUGACUGUUAAAACAGAUUCCUAUUAUAAUGUAUGCUUCCUUGUGUCAGAGAAGAAAAGAACAAUGUGAUUAUAUUUCCAGUGAGCAAUUGUCUCACACAUUCUGCUGUUUACAUAAACAUAAAUAAAGAUGUGGGGGUCUCUCAGAAGAGGUCUGACUAGAGCCUUAUUUUCACGAAUGUCCACUGUACCUUUUGUUAUCUGUAUACGCUGAAUGGUUUAGGACAGCAGGAAUGACCUGUAGAAUGUCUUGUUUAUGUUUAAACAUUAAUGGAACGCUCUCACUGGGUGCUUUUUGCUUUAAUUAGCAUUCUUGUUUAUCUUAUGGUUGUAUUGAACAACACCAAUCUUUCAAUUCCAGUCACAAACACAUGAUCAGUGUUAAAGCCAGUAUUUUAAAAUUCCAGAGGACACAUCAUUGGAAACAAUAUUUUUAAUUAUGUCUUGGUCGUUUUUUGGUUGCAUCUUUUUUGUUUCCUUUUGGAUAAUUUGGUUGAACAGCUCAUUUCUUAGAGUCAUAUGGUUCAACAAAGUCUCUAUUGCCAUCUCCUGGUUGAAUUUUUUCUUAAUCUAUUAGUUUGCAAUGGAAUAUGAGGAAAAAGGCAUAAUAAAUGCAUUGAUUUUAUUUGGCAAUCACAAUACUACAUAUGUCUUAAUUGUCCUUUUUCACAAUCACAGGUUGUUUCUUGCCUCACUGGUUUUUUGAGUGUUCUGUUUGGAGUUUAUUACAUCAGAAGUUAGUGAGAGAAAGUGGGCUGUGUGAUGGAUGGGACAGGUGUGAAAAUGAUUAAACUAUAUAAAUGUGAACUGAAGUUCUUUGCCAACUUUGAACAUGGAGAGGCCAUGUAUUAAUGUGUGUGUAUAUACAUCCAUAAGUCACACUACAUUGUAUAGACUUAGCCUUUUUGAGUAGGUAUGUUUGUGGUACGUACUUUUUUAAAUCACUUGUAAA